AUGAAUCGGUUAUACUCGAAAGGCGCCGAUUCGGAGCACGAUGAGUUGGAGGUUCUGGAGGGACCAGUGACAACGCCGCUGCCCUACCGACAAGUGGCCGUACUAUGCUUCAUGCGAAUCACCGAGCGCCGAGCUGACCUGCUCGUCUUUGCCACCACGCACACGGAGCCCAUCUCCCAAAGCUCAUUCAUCAACCAAAUGCUCGAGGACUUGCACGUCACUCCCGACAGGACUACCAAUUUUGGGUGGGCGACGUUAUCGGACCGUAAUGGGAGGAAGCCCAUCCUGCUAUCCGGCCUGACCGUGCUAGCGAUCAGCAUGAUAAGUCUGAGUCUCCAGACAAGUUUUGCGGGCAUGGUUGUUGCACGAUGUGUUGCAGGAAUCAUGAAUGGUACGUCCAACAGUCUAUGGCUCACUGAGUUGGAUGGACGCUGA